AAGUAACUGCAAUCCUAUGCACGUUACUCUGAGAUCUCAAUGAGGAUUACUCUCUAGCAAUCGGUCUUAAAAGCCUGCAGCCAACGAGCUGCGGGUUGCAAUUCCAUGCGCGUUUACCGGAGAGGCAGCGCCCCUGCAAUCAGCGGGGAUUUGCUGCCGAGUAAACGCGAGUAGAUUCGGAAAUCGAACCCCGCACUUUCAGCUGCAGAGCGGAUGAAAGCGAGCCGCAGAAGUGAAAGCGAUCCCUCGUUUCUUUCUGGCUAGCGGAAGACUCUCCUUGGCUCGAGCGGAAAGGCGGCGCCUCCUCUCCCGCAGCGCGUCGCUCGAUCAGCUGACGGUCCCGAUCUCCAAAAGGCCCGAAGCUAGGGCGAAGGAUCAGCCAUGGCCGGGCAGCCGCAAGCGGAGGGGGCACUUCGGAAGGCGCUAGAGGAUCACCUGCACGGCCUGGGCAUCCAAGCGCUAGCCGUGGAGCACCCCGAGGUGUUCACAGUUGAAGAAAUGAUGCCUUACGUCCAGCAUCUGAAAGGAGCACACAGCAAAAACCUUUUCCUUAAAGAUAAGAAGAAAAAAGGAUUCUGGCUGGUGACGGUCCUGCACAACAGGCAAAUCAAUUUAAAUGACUUGGCAAAGAAACUAGGCGUCGGGAGCGGGAAUCUUCGUUUUGCUGACGAAGCGGCCAUGCUUGAGAAGCUGAAAGUUGGACAGGGGUGUGCAACGCCCCUAGCUCUUUUCUGUGACCAGGGAGAUGUGAAGUUUGUGUUGGAUUCUGGCUUUCUGGAAGGAGGCCACGACAUGUUGUACUUUCACCCAAUGACAAAUGCAGCAACUAUGGGACUACGUCCAGAUGACUUUCUAAGAUUCCUGAAGUCCACAGGACAUGAGCCUACAGUUGUACAUUUUGAUGAAAGUGACAAGUAGCUUUGCACCACCAUUUUAUAUGUAAAAUCAUGUCAUGAAAAUUUAAAGAUGCUAGCUAUCUGUUAA